CGGAGAGAAAAAUGGACAGUCUGUGAAAGUGUUUUCCACAACUUUCUUUCUCCCCCACUGUUUCAUUAUGAGCAAUUAUACGAACGCUGAGGACACUACGUUGACACCAACACAAACCGGAACAACUCCAUCCACAGGAGGAGCGGCUACCGGAACACCAAUAGCAACGAGCAAUGCAGACAUAUCUGCAGGUGAUUCUUCUGCUUAUUAUGAUCCAAAUCAAUACUACUACGGUUAUGAUUACAGUGGCACGGCCGGCGCUGAUGGCAAAGCCGGCGAUGCGUCGUCGACGGCAUACAAUUACGAUACCUCACAGUAUUAUUACGAUCCAAAUUAUUAUUCUCAAUACUAUGGAACCACGACGACCGGCGCUGAUGGUUCAUCGUCUAGAGGCCGUGGCGGAGGAGGCCGUGGAGGUUACAAUCAGCCGCAUCGAACAAUCUCUAAGUUUAGCCAUAGUUAUGCCAAUUACAAUAAUCACAACAGCUACAAUAACUACAAUAACUACAACGCUUACGACUCUACGGCCACUGCUUACGAUCCCACCAGUGUAGCGGCUGUCGAACCGCACUUUGCCAAAAGCACUGCCGGCGCUGGCGCUAGCAGGGACCCAAACAACCCGGUGAUUCAAAUGUCAACUUCCGGAUACACAGGUCCAAAUACACCACCUGCAUCAAGCGCGGACGAUCAAAAGAAAAAAAAGAAAAAGCCUGUAGUACGGGCGGCAGCCGGCGAAACAUGGGAAGAUCCAACACUUCAAGAAUGGGAUGACAAUGACUUUAGAUUGUUUGCAGGUGAUUUGGGCAACGAAGUGACGGAUGAAAUAUUGUUCAAGGCAUUCUCCAAGUAUCCGAGUCUCCAACGGACGCGUGUUGUCCGUGAUAAGCGAAAUACAAAGUCGCGCGGAUAUGGAUUCAUCAGUUUCAAGGAUCCGAACGAUUUCGUGAAGGCUUGGAGAGAAAUGAAUGGUAAAUACGUAGGUAAUAGACCAAUCAAGCUAAGAAAAAGUAACUGGAAGGAGCGCAAUAUGGAUGUGAAGACAAAAAAGGAGCGCGAGCGUGUGGGGCCCUACCCAAAGGUGCGCUAGUUCACUACAGCAUGUAAUAAAGAAAGACAUUUUGUUUCUUGGGUGUUUUCUACCAAAUUUUAAAGCAUUAAAAUAAACGAUGGUUGUUCUAAUGGGG